CAUCGAACCAACCCAUAUUCACCAAUCUUGACUGCAAACAGAGGAUAUAUCUAUAUCUAUAUCUAUACCACAUGAAACAAAAAAUACUGUAAUAAAUCAAAAGACUAAAACAUAAAUCUAAGAAGAUUGAUAAAUUACAAAGAAGAAGAAAAGAUGAGUUCAAGAAAGUUGCAAGUGGUUUCCCCUGUUCCAGCAGAUAUAGACAUUGCAAACUCUGUUGUUCCCUUACAUAUUUCUGAGAUUGCUAAAGAUCUUAAUCUUAACCCUGAUCAUUAUGAUCUUUAUGGUAAAUAUAAAGCAAAGGUUUUGUUGUCUGUGUUCGAUGAACUUAAAGAAAGACAGGAUGGAUAUUAUGUUGUUGUUGGAGGAAUCACUCCAACUCCUCUUGGAGAAGGAAAGUCUACUACUACAGUUGGUCUUUGUCAAGCUUUGGGAGCUUAUCUUGAUAAAAAGGUUGUCACCACCCUCAGACAACCAUCACAAGGGCCAACAUUUGGGAUUAAAGGCGGUGCGGCUGGUGGUGGUUACAGUCAAGUCAUCCCCAUGGAUGAGUUCAAUCUUCAUUUGACUGGUGACAUCCAUGCAAUCACCGCUGCAAACAACCUUCUAGCUGCUGCUAUUGACACACGAAUCUUUCAUGAAAAUACACAAAAAGACACCGCUCUUUUCAACCGUUUGUGUCCACCAAACAAAGAAGGUAUCCGCACCUUCAACGACAUAAUGUUUAGACGCUUAAAAAAACUCAAUAUUACCAAAACCAAACCUGAGGAUUUGACCCCAGAAGAAGUCAGCAAAUUUGCUAGACUUGACAUUGACCCCGACAGCAUCACUUGGAGGAGGGUUAUGGAUGUAAAUGACCGUUUCUUGAGGAAAAUUACUGUCGGUCAAGGUCCAGAUGAGAAGGGAAUGGUGAGAGAAACGGCUUUUGAUAUUUCUGUUGCUAGUGAGAUAAUGGCAGUUUUGGCCCUCACGACAUCUCUAUCUGACAUGAGAGAACGGCUUGGAAAGAUGGUGAUUGGUAACAGCAAGUCAGGUGACCCUAUUACCGCUGAUGAUCUUGGGCUUGGUGGUGCGUUGACCGUGCUCAUGAAGGAUGCCAUAAAUCCAACUUUAAUGCAGACUCUUGAAGGCACCCCUGUUCUUGUUCAUGCAGGCCCAUUUGCUAAUAUAGCUCAUGGAAACUCAUCCAUUGUGGCUGACAAAAUCGCAUUGAAGCUUGUGGGUCCAGGUGGAUAUGUUGUUACAGAAGCAGGAUUUGGUUCUGAUAUAGGAACCGAGAAGUUUAUGAAUAUUAAAUGUAGAUAUAGUGGUUUGAAACCUCAGUGUGCUAUUAUAGUUGCAACUAUCAGGGCUCUCAAGAUGCACGGUGGUGGACCAUUGGUUACAGCUGGAAAGCCACUUGACCGUGCUUACACAACUGAAAAUGUGGCUCUUGUGGAAGCAGGGUGCGUGAACCUGGCUAGACACAUUGAGAACACAAAGGCUUAUGGUGUGAAUGUUGUUGUGGCUGUGAACAAGUUUUCUACUGAUACUGAUGCAGAAAUAGCUGCUGUCAAGAAUGCUGCCAUUGCAGCUGGCGCUUUUGAUGCUGUUCUUUGCACUCAUCAUGCGCAUGGUGGAAAAGGAGCGAUUGACCUUGGGAUUGCAGUUCAAAAAGCCUGUGAAAAUGCCACACAACCUCUGAAGUUCUUGUACCCUUUGGAUAUUAGCAUCAAAGAGAAGAUAGAAGCCAUAGCAAGAUCAUAUGGUGCUAGUGGUGUUGAGUACUCGGAACAGGCGGACAAACAGAUUGAGAUGUAUAGUAAACAAGGAUUCUCAGGUCUUCCAAUCUGUAUGGCGAAAACUCAAUAUUCAUUUUCUGAUAAUGCCUCAGCAAAGGGCGUGCCUUCAGGAUUUGUAUUGCCAAUUAGGGAUGUUAGGGGAAGCAUUGGUGCUGGAUUCAUUUACCCAUUGGUUGGGACAAUGAGCACAAUGCCUGGACUACCUACACGACCUUGCUUCUAUGACAUUGAUCUUGACACUGAAACUGGACGGGUGAAAGGGCUUUCUUAAACCCAAAAGAACUCAAGAACAGAGCUCAGUUGAUUGGAUUUUCUUUAUUAUCCCCACUGCAUUAAAUUUGAGUUUCUGUACCUAAUAUUGUGUAUUAGAUGAAUUACGACUCUUUUUAGCAUGUAAAAUGUGUUCGAAAUAUUUCAGUUUUGGUUAAAGAUGUACCCCCCAAAAAAAACCCAACUGAAGCUAUGUAUGAAGGUAAUAAAUGGGUAUUUCAAUA